AUGGAUUCUCUUGCCCACUUUACACACCAGCAAGCCGUCACGCGUGAUUACAUAUCACACCCAAGAAUCAGCUACAGGACUGUUUCUGGGGUUAAUGGUCCCCUAGUUAUUUUGGAUGAUGUCAAGUUUCCGAAGUAUGCCGAGAUCGUCCGCAUCACUUUGUCGGAUGGUAGUGUCAGAAGUGGCAAGGUCCUCGAAGUUAGUGGAAAAAAAGCCGUUGUUCAGGUGUUUGAGGGGACAAGUGGCAUUGAUGCCAAAAACACGAUAUGCGAGUUUACAGGUGACAUUUUGCGUACCGCAGUUUCGGAAGACAUGCUUGGCCGCAUUUUUAAUGGUUCUGGGAAACCCAAGGACGGUGGCCCGUCAAUUCUGGCCGAAGACUAUUUGGAUAUUGAAGGCCAGCCCAUAAAUCCGUACUCACGCAUAUACCCGAGGGAAAUGAUUCAGACUGGAAUAUCAAGCAUUGAUGUAAUGAAUUCAAUUGCGAGAGGGCAGAAGAUUCCUAUUUUCUCCGCAUCAGGUCUUCCACAUAAUGAAAUUGCUGCCCAGAUUUGUCGUCAAGCGGGUUUGGUGCGGAUGAGUGGAAGUGGCGUGACUGAUGAUGAGAAUGACAACUUUGCCAUAGUAUUUGCUGCCAUGGGUGUUAACAUGGAGACUGCCCGAUUCUUUAUGCAAGACUUUAAAGAGCAUGGUUCCAUGGAAAACGUUUGCCUUUUCCUUAACUUGGCUAACGACCCGACCAUUGAACGAAUUAUCACACCCCGUAUCGCUCUAACAACCGCCGAGUACCUGGCCUAUCAGUGCGAAAAGCACGUUCUUGUUAUUUUGACAGAUAUGAGCUCCUAUGCUGAGGCCCUUCGCGAAGUUUCAGCCGCAAGAGAGGAGGUGCCCGGUCGUCGUGGUUUCCCUGGUUACAUGUACACUGAUUUGGCCAACAUAUACGAAAGAGCGGGCCGUGUCGAAGGCAGAAAUGGGUCCAUUACACAAAUACCCAUCCUCACUAUGCCAAAUGAUGACAUUACGCACCCGAUUCCUGAUCUCACUGGUUAUAUUACUGAAGGACAAGUAUACGUUGAUCGGCAGCUUUACAAUCGCCAGAUAUAUCCACCUAUCAAUGUCCUACCAUCUCUUUCUCGUCUUAUGAAAUCUGCAAUCGGUGAGGAAAUGACCCGGGAGGAUCAUUCAGAUGUUUCUAACCAGCUGUACGCGUGCUAUGCGAUUGGCAAAGAUGUUCAGGCCAUGAAAGCUGUCGUCGGCGAGGAAGCCUUGAGCUCCGAGGACCUGCUUUAUCUCGAGUUUCUCACCAAGUUCGAGAAACUCUUCAUCUCCCAGGGUCCUUACGAGAACCGGAGUAUUUUUGAUUCCCUCGAUAUCGGCUGGGAUCUGUUGCGCAUCUUUCCUAAGGAAUUGCUCAAACGUAUUCCUGCAUCGAUAUUGAACAAAUAUUACCCUCGUCGAAUGGAGGCACAACGCUAA